AUGGAGGACCUCGAACCUGAGCAAACAGUUCGCAUUCGACGCCCGUACACAGCAUCUGAUGAUCAACAUCCACCACCAGAUAAUAGUGAUGAACUGCAACGAAUGAUCAAUACCCACGAUGGGGCCGCUGACGAUGUUGAAAGCGAGCAUGGUGACGCAGACGAGAGCCUUAUGGUGCCUAAACACCGCGGGAGUAGGCAAGGCCACUUGACGGCAUUUGCAUCUUGGACAGAUGAAUACAUAUGCGCUGGGAUAUGUACCCUCAGCAUCAUAACGCUAUCUUUAAUCCUUUGGCAUUAUGACGGCAAACAGAACCCGAGAUUUGCCCCGGGCGUUCAGCUAGACAUGAUCGUUAUCGCACUUGUCACUAUUUCUCGUGUCGCGAUGGAGAGUAUUGUUGAGGCAUGCAUAUCCCAAUACGCAUGGAUCUGGAUCUCUCAUUCACAUCAGCAACGAACCAAAACACACGCGAAGUUGGGUGACUUUAGACUUUUUAAUGAAGCUGCUCGCGGACUGUUGGGAAGCCUGGCUCUCAUUUGGCGGCUUCGAGGAAUACAUCUGGCUUGUAUUGGCGGCCUGAUUGUGGUCGUGACACAUGGAUUUGAAACCUUUUCUCAGCAAAUGUUUAAGCUCGUUCAACAACCUAUUCCAUAUCACGACGACACUGUUCGUGGAGCACCCAGUGCCCCUCGAAGCGAAUAUUGGGACAAUAUCAUCAAGAGGGGCGUAAAUGAGAGUAUGGUAUUGCAUUCAAUGUAA